AUGUCCACGCCAACGCGACCGAUCACGGUCAGGAAGAGCUUCAACUCCAACUCGGGCGCGUCGGGAACGCCGCGGUCGUUCAACCCUGAGAGUUUCCGCGCCGCGUACGCGGGCACCGCGACGCCCCCGCCGAAUAUCCCGCCGCGCGCGGGCACGCCGUCGUCCCAGCAGGUGACCGGCAUCAAUGUUGGCGCCGGCGCGUCGUCGCCGGCGCCUGGUGUGGGCGGGAUAAGCGCGCAGGCGCCUAGCCCGGCACCGAGCACGCCGCCUGUAAACCUGGACGAGCUGCCGGAAGAGGAGAAGGCGCGCGUGCUGCAGAAGCAUCUCGUGCACCGGGACGAGCGGAACGGAGAGUCGAGCAGUCCCAGGGUGCAGAGGCAGGACAGCGAGGCGUUUCCUGUUGCUUAUCACGCGCCUGGAGCGGACGUCGUGCACGAUAUAUACAAGUGGCAGCAGGGCCAGCAGCGUAUCCAGAACAGACAACGCGCUGUGAGCUUUGCCGGGAGUACCGGAACAGCACCCGAACCUGCGUUUGAACAUAUCCAUCAACCUGGAGGGUUCCGACGGAACUACUUGUUGCUGCACCAGGAGCAGAAUGGCGCUGCGGGAGAUGCGCCGCACGAGGGCCGGAUGCUCAACACCUUUGUCGACUUUUUGUACAUUUACGGCCAUUAUGCCGGUGAAGAUCUGGAGGAAGACGAAGAGGAGGACGAGGAAGCAUUCGACGAGGAAGAGGCGAGGAGACGGGAGGACGUGCCGUUCACGCCUGGCCAGGUCGAGGGCGGCAUCCUGCGCGUAGAACCGCUGCCGUCGACGCUGUCUGUGCGCUUCCCGACGGAGCGCACGCCGUUGUUACCGACGACGCCGACGACGCCCACGCGGAAACAGAGCCGCUCAGCUUCUCGGCGGAGGCGCUUAAGCAGUACCGAACAUGGCGAACACGGUGACGCUACCGUCGGCCAGGCAGUACUCAUGUUGUUGAAAGCGUUCGUCGGCACCGGUGUCUUGUUCCUCGGAAAGGCAUUCUUCAACGGCGGUAUACUGUUCUCAGCAAUCACUAUCUCGGCCGUCUGCUUGAUCUCGCUUUACUCGUUCUUGCUCCUUGUGCAGACCAAGUUCGUUGUGCCCGGCUCAUUCGGUGAUAUCGGCGGCGCAUUGUAUGGCCCAUACAUGCGCUACAUCAUCCUCACCUCCGUCGCUGUCUCUCAGAUUGGUUUCGUGUCCGCAUACACCAUCUUCGUCGCCGAGAACCUCCAAUCGUUCGUCCUGGGCGUGACCAAAUGCGAGAAACUGGUCCCAAUAGCCUAUCUCAUCUUGGUCCAACUCGUAGUCCUCCUCCCACUCGCACUCGUCCGCAACCUCGCCAAGCUCAGCACAACGGCCCUCGUAGCAGACGCCUUCAUCCUCGCCGGCCUCAUCUACGUCUUCGGCUCCGAAUUCAGCCUCAUCGCCGCGCGCGGCAUCGCAAAGGUCGAAUACUUCAACCCCGACUCGUUCCCGCUCUUCAUCGGGACGGCCGUGUUCUCCUUCGAGGGCAUCGGUCUGGUGAUCCCCAUCACCGACGCGAUGCGUGAACCGCGCAAGUUCCCCGCCGUGCUCAGCGGAGUCAUGAUCGGCCUGCUAUUCCUCUUCGGCGGCGCCGGCGCGCUCGCGUACUUGACGUUCGGACCGGAGAUCAAGACUGUGGUCCUCGUCAACCUCAACACCGCCUCGCCCGUAACCCAAGCCGUACAGUUCCUCUACUCCCUCGCCAUCCUCCUCUCCAUCCCGCUCCAGCUCUUCCCCGCCGUCCGCAUCAUCGAGACGGGCAUGUUCACCUCUUCGGGCAAGGCCGACUUCCGCGUCAAGUGGCUCAAGAACGGGUUCCGGUUCGUGAUCACGCUGUUCUGCGCGGCGCUGGCCUGGGCGGGCGCGUCGGAUUUGGACAAGUUCGUCAGUCUGAUUGGGAGCUUUGCGUGUGUGCCGCUGUGCUUUACCUAUCCGGCGAUGUUGCAUUAUAAGGCGUGUGCGAGGACGAGGAAGCAGAAGGCGGCGGAUAUUGCGUUGGGUGUGUUUGGGAUUGUCGCGGCGGCUUAUACGACGGCGCAGACUGUCAUUAUGAUGGCGAAGCCGACGGUUGCUGGACCAGGACCCAUCGCACAGUGUCUGAUGUCACCUUGA